UUCUCUCUCAUCAAUCUUUUCAUAACUUGACCUCCCAAUCUCUAUCUCAUUUAUUAUAAAACAAAUCUACAGACUACUCUCUAUCUUCUUGCUCUUUCUCCCCAAACUCAACCCAUCUCCACCUUCUUCUUUCUCUUUUCUUUUGUUACCAGCCAAUCACUUCCUUCAUACAUACAUACAUCACCUCUUUAAUAAAAUAUAACAAAACCCCCAAAUUUUAAAUUAUAAAAAUAUUUUUUACAAACAAAUAUUAUACAAAAACCAAAACAUGAAAGGUGAAUAUGUGGAACCCAAAACCUCAAACUCCCCCAACAUGUUCGCAAAGCUUCAUCACCAACAACAACACCAGCAUCAACACCUUCAGCAACAGCAACAGCAACAGCAUCAGCAUCCUUUCUCUCAUCACUUUCAACUUUCACGUGAUUCUCAAACCUCUGAAGAAGAAACCAACAGCCACAACUCUGCAGCCACCACCACACCAACCACGCCUAAACUCAAGCAACAUGAGCCCGGUGAUGGAGCCACUAUUGAAGUCGUUCGCCGCCCUAGAGGCAGACCACCGGGCUCCAAAAAUAAGCCCAAACCCCCUGUUUUUAUAACCCGCGAGCCCGAACCUGUCAUGAGCCCUUACAUUCUCGAAGUCCCUGGUGGGAACGACGUCGUUGAAGCUAUUUCAAACUUCUGCCGCCGCAAGAGUAUUGGAAUCUGUGUCCUCACCGGCUCUGGAACCGUCGCUAACGUUACUCUCCGCCAGCCCUCCGCAACUCCUGGCGCCACGAUAACCUUUCACGGAAGAUUCGACAUUCUCUCCAUCUCGGCGACAUUCUUGCCGCAAAACGCUUCGUGUCCUCCGGUACCAAACAUAUUCGCGAUAUCCUUGGCGGGUCCACAAGGACAGAUCGUUGGAGGGUCCGUGGUUGGCCAACUAAUAGCGGCUGGGACCGUGUUCGUGGUCGCGGCUACGUUCAACAAUCCAUCGUAUCAUCGGCUGCCUGUUCAGGAUGAGCCAAGGACUUCGGUUUCAGGUGGCGGCGGUGAAGGGCAAUCGCCAGUUGGUUCAAGUGGUGGUGGCGGAGGGGCUGAGAGUGGACAAGUGGCAGGAGGAGAGUCAUGUGGUAUGUCCAUGUAUAGUUGUCAUUUGCCUGGUGGUGACGUGAUAUGGGCACCCACCGCUAGACCACCACCACCACCACCGCCUUAUUGAGUUUUUUUUCCUUUUUCU